GUAACUUUUAGUGUAGUUUCAAUUUCUUUUUCAGUCUCAAUUCUUUUACCAUCAACAAGCUAUGACGAGCUUUAAACUCAUAACUUUUGUUACCUGUAUCCUACUCUUAAACUUCUCCGAGGAGCGUCCACUAUUUGAAGAUAAUGACAACCUUAAUUUAGAAGAUUUUCGUCAAUUUGUAGAUUGGCAAAGUAUAGCAAAAAACUUGGCAAAACGUCAACCAAAUUGGAUGAAAGAUGACUUAUCAAGGUUUGGACUAUUACAGCCAUUUCGUCACCUGGAUCCCGCCAACGAUGAGGUUGCUAGACAUAGAUCGAAUAUGAGAAAUUUAAAGAAAAGAAGCGUUUCCCAAGUUGGGAAAAGGCUUAAUCGUAUGAGAACAAGGAUUUAAUUGAUUAACAGGACAAAAAUGUAUCAGUUCGCAUAAUUAACUUAUUUAAUUAAUUAGUACUCUUCGCCUUUUGUUUCUUUAUGUUUUAAAUGUAAAAUCAUUUUCUUAAUAUACUCUUUAUUACUACAACAACAGCAGAUUCUCUUCUUCUUCUUCUUCUCAAACUGUAGUAUUCUAUCCGGAUAUCUUUUUCUUUCAAUAAUCUUCGACUUUAUAACCUUUGCCAAGCCUUAUCCUAAACCUUUUUAACCCUUUUAUAUUUCUAAUAAACGUGUUUUGUUUAUUCGC